GUCGGUGGCUGCUUCCUGGGGAGGGAGAACGGAAGUCAGAUUUCGGUUGCGGUGGCGAAGGUAGAUUCUGGCGUCAACCAAGUGUAGAGGUGCUUGAUCUUCCACAAUGGGUGAGCCACAGCAAGUGAGUGCACUUCCUCCACCUCCUAUGCAGUACAUCAAGGAAUACACUGAUGAAAAUAUUCAGGAAGGUCUAGCUCCCAAGCCACCCCCUCCAAUCAAAGACAGUUAUAUGAUGUUUGGCAACCAGUUCCAAUGUGAUGAUCUUAUUAUCCGCCCCUUGGAAAGUCAAGGCAUCGAAAGGCUUCAUCCUAUGCAGUUUGAUCACAAGAAAGAACUGAGGAAACUCAAUAUGUCUAUCCUUAUUAAUUUCUUGGACCUUUUAGAUAUCUUGAUAAGGAGCCCUGGGAGUAUAAAACGAGAAGAGAAGCUGGAAGAUCUUAAGCUGCUUUUUGUCCAUGUGCAUCAUCUCAUAAAUGAAUACAGACCCCACCAGGCAAGAGAGACCUUGAGAGUUAUGAUGGAGGUCCAGAAACGACAGAGGCUUGAAACAGCCGAGAGGUUUCAGAAGCAUCUGGAGCGAGUGAUUGAGAUGAUUCAGAAUUGCUUGGCCUCUUUGCCUGAUGAUUUACCCCAUUCAGAAGCAGGAAUAAAAGUAAAAACUGAACCAAUGGAUGCUGAUGAUAGCAACAAUUGUACUGGACAGAGUGAGCAACAAAGAGAAAAUUCAGGUCAUCGAAGGGACCAGAUUAUAGAAAAAGAUGCUGCCUUGUGUGUCCUAAUUGAUGAAAUGAAUGAAAGACCGUGACUCAUGUUAGUUUUCUUUUUUUCCCUUUUGGUAAAUAGUAUAAUAUUAUUGGUUUAUUUUCUUUUGGGCAGUCUUAAAAUGAAUAACUAAAAGUUUAAAUGGCCUUUUUCUUGACUCUCCAGCUUUUUCACUUACGUAAUGUCAUAGGCAGCAAUUUCAGUAUAUAACAAGUGUAGGCAAACAGGGACCUGUGAAUUAAGAAUAAUGACCUGAAAAAGAAUGUUUGCUGCUGAUAUGUGGGGCAUUCUUGUUUUUGGAGUUGCAGUAAAACUUUGACAGUGUCCUUGGUAAUAGCAAGCUUUCAUCCUUAAAAAGUAAAUUUGUCAUUUGCUUUAAGAAUGAUGGAUAAAUACUCUAAAAUGUGAAAUUACAUAAUAUUUAAAAAUUUACCUAAUCUACAUAAUGUAGAAUAGCAUUUUAAAAGAGACCCAUUUGUUAUAAAACAGAAACUUUAUUUUUCCUUGUGAUUCUUGUAACUCUACUACCUCAGUAGACUCUUUUUUCUUAUCUUGAACCUUGGUAGGUCCCAUAAAUUGGUUUUUCUCAGUCACUUGGGUAGAAAGUCUUUGGUCAGCUUAGUUAGACAUUUUAGAUUACAGAUUUUAGUAAUUAAGAGGAUUGAAAUUACAGAUUUUUAAAAAAGAUUUGUAAUUAUUUAAAAUUACACAUUUACUUAAAGCUAAGCUCAGACAUGAUCAAGGCUGGUAGACUGCAGUGGGAAAAGGGUUUGGUGGGAGCAACUGCUCGAUGUUCACCAGUGAUUCGCGCUUCUUGUUGUUGAGAUAUCACUGUUCAGCCAGUGACCACAUUUCCCUACUGCCCUCUAUCUGUGAGACCAUGUGACUAAGGCCAUGUGAAAUGGAGUCUGUGCCAUAAGAUUUCUUGCACUAUCUUCCAUUCUAUUCCCCAGUCUGCUAGGUGUAUGCCCACACCCAUGCAAGCCUGGUGACAGCAGUUUAUAGUAAUUUGGUUCUAGGAUGUGAAGAGUAGGUCCUCUUUUCAUUAACUCUAUUCUUCCUUCUACAGCUAACUUGACUUAAUGUGAACAAGAAAUAAACUGUCUUGGGUACUGAGAUUUUAUUUCUGUACUUUCUUCUCUCCUCCCUCCUUCCCCCUCCCGCCCAUUGGCCUCGUAUUAGGAUCUUUGCCUGCUAUUCUCUGACAGAAGCCAGUGGUUCUCCAGUGUGCUUUUGGACCAGCAGCAUUAGCAUCACUUGGGGAUUUGUUAGAAAUCAAGCUCCUCUGGCUCCACCCUGGACCUUCUGAACCAGAAACUUGCUGGUGCACAGCGCGUGGCAAGCUGGGUGUUAAGGCUUCUUUCAAUUCUGAUGCAUGCUCAAGAUCACCAUCUAUAGAGAUAGGCCUUUUCCUGGGUGAUGUGCUUUUGAUUUCUCCCUCAUUUCCUGUUUACUAGCAUAGGGAUUUGCUGCAUUAAGGUCUCACCGACUCACUGUAAAAUGGUUACAGGCCAGUUUCCCUGUGUGAAAUACGCAUUCUUUGCAUUCAGACAGAGGCUGUUUCCAAUUAACACUUCUAGCAGACAAGAACUAAUUAACAAGUCUCAAAUUUAAUUUUUUUUUUUUUUUUCUCCCAACUGGAAUAUGUUUGGUGUAGACCUUGGGACCAGAGACCCCCAAAGGACAUUCUGGUUUAUCUUAAUUGUUUCACAAAUGUUCCACACCUCCUCCCCCAUACCUUGGUCAAUGAGCAAGAUGGAAAUGGCUCUUGAACAACUCAACAACCAUUUCUCUUUUGACUUUUUAAAAAAUACAUUGCUGUGCGAGGAGUGUUGGGCUGAGGUACAAAACCAAUUUGGGACUACUUUGAAAAUCCUUGCAUGUAAGAAAUGAAAUAAUUUAACAUUGUUAAGAGUCACAACAGUUACUUGUAAAUUUGUGUGUGUGUGUGUGUGUUUAUUGAGGGGAGAGGUAUUGAUGGAUUGCAAUGCCAUAGGUUAGCUUCACUUUAGCUCAGAGCUGAUCAAGGAGUUCUGUGCAGUUGCAUCUGACGUAACUCUUGAUAUUACAGUGGAAUGAAACAUUAGUGUUCUGAUAGUUGCUGCAAUUUUAAAAACUUACCAUACAUGGACUUUUGUGAGGAUUAAAACACAUCUCUGGACAUCUGUUUAUGAUGAAUAUUCCUGAAAGAUCGAUUUGCCAGGGCCAGUGUUGUGGAGUGGGUUAAGCUGCCGCCUGUAACACUGGCAUCCCAUAUAAAUACCAGUUCAAGUGCAGGUGCUCUGCUUGCAAUCCAGUUCCCUGCAAAUGCGCCUGGGAAAGCAGAGAAAGAUAACGCAAGUACUUGGGCCCCUGCAAACCAUGUGGGAAAUCCAGAUGGAGUUCGAAGCUCCUGGCAUUGGUGUGGUCCUAGCUGUUGAGGCCCUUUAGGGAGUGAACCAGUGGAUGGAAGUGUGCAUGUUGUCUCUAACAGCCUUUCAAGUAAAAUAAUUUUAAAAAAUUGAUGGAACAAAGUAAAAUGUCUGCAAGAAUCAACGCAAGUUGUUCUUGAAAUGCCUGAUGCUCAAACUGUGGAAACGUUUAACUUCAUUUUAUUGAUUGAGGGCCCAGGCAUUUUGUUUUUAAAUGAAUGCUAGAAAUUUUUUUAGAUGCAUGUAUUCAUUUGAAAGAGUAAUAUGGAGGAGAGAGAGAAAGAUCUUUCAUCUACUAGUUUAUUUUCCAAAUGGUUGCAACAGCUGGGCUGGACCAGGCUGAAGCCAGGAGCCAGGAGCUCCAUUUGGGUCUCCCAUGUAGUUGGCAGGGACUUAAGUCCUUAAGGCAUCAUCUGCUGUUUCCUAGGCACAUUAACAGUGAGCAGAAAAUGGAGCAGCCAGUACUGGAACCAACACCCCUAUGUGGGCUGCCAGUGUCCCAGGUGGUGGCUCAAUGCACUGUGCUACUGAGUCCAUCCCCUGAUGUUGAUUUAAAGAAAUCUGCAGGUGAUUCUGCACAGUGGUUCAAAAGUUUUAUUAGUCAGUGUUCUGUUAAUUGGUGACAAAAUGUUAUGCAAGAAGAUGAAUUUGUUGGAAGGAUAAUCGGAUAUGUUACAUGACUGAACAAACUGAAGAUGAUAUGGAUGGAAUUGAGUUAGUUGCCCUAUAGACUCUCCUGAUUAGCUCCAUUCUCUGGACAGACCAACUUCUUUAAUGAUACGGGUGGAGAACAUGGCUGCUAACAGGUCCCAAGUGUUAGGUCUUUUUCUAUCUUUCUUGUUAGCUAAGUGUGAGGAAUUGGUGUUUACAUACCUGAUUCCAACUGGACCAAUCAGCUGGGGCCUGGAUCCUGUAAAAAUGAACAGUCCCCACUAUGUCCAUGUAUGGAGGAAACCAUCCAUUUUUCAGAGAAAGGAAGUGGUGCUGAGCUGACAAACUGUAGCUAUACAUGGCAAAUUAAGCACAUGCAAAGUAUGAUAUAAAUAGCCAAAUUAAACAGAUUGUCACAAUCAUGUUCUUGUGGAGGAUAGUUUACCCCAGUUUCUUGACUCUAUUCAUUUAAUGGAUGUUUAUUGUGGUUCUUUCUCUCUGCCUAAGUGAUUUAGGUUUUGGAUGUGUGGGGAGGGAGAAGGAAAUGUAAGAAAGAUAAAUUAAAAUUUGAAAGCAGUUUUUGUAUUAAUCACCCCUCCAUUACAGUACCCUCAGAAGAACCAUGCUGCUAGUUAUGUUCCUGUUUUACUUAUUCAAAACAGCUUGUCCACAUUAUCUUC